GUUUCUAUUUACUAGCUUAAGCGGUUUAUUUUACCUCAAUUGAAUCCCUUUCCUAGAAAAUCGUGCCUGUAAGUAGGAUAAAACAAAAUUUUCAGUAUCAUUGCGGGCUUGACACAAGAGAAACUUUUCUGUAGUAACAAAGGUGAUUCAGAAAUUGCUUUCUGUCACAUAUAUGGAGUAAUAGUUUUUUGAAUUCUCUUAUUAAAAUUUCUGACUCUGUCACUGCCCCAUCUAAACCCAAAAAAUAAUUAUUUGGUUUUCUUCAUAUUCUUUUUCAAGUAUCUGACACAUUUAUUGAAUUAACAAAAGAAAGUGUAAUUGUGUGUUACAUUUGAAUAAGUCCAUCAUCAGAUUGUACCAUGUGAACUGUGAAGCUUGGUUUAGAAACUUUCAAAAGGUAUUUGAUAGAUAUAUGGUUAAAGUUUGGUAAAAGAAGCUAUUUGAAGUUAAAAUUAAAAAAGGAGUAUUCCACAAUUAGUCCUAUUCUUUUAAUGCCCGUGACCUCUACAAAAUUAAAAUGUUAAAAAACCAAAGAAGCUAAAAACGAAUAUAUAUGUUGCACUUUACAAACCAUCUUCUAACACGCACUAAAGAAAUGUGCAACCUUUUUUUAUUGUAAAGGAAUGUCUAAUGAGGUAGAACGAAAAUCAUUAUACGGAAUAGAUUCAUAACUGAAAUUUAUGAGUUUAUAUAACAAUCUCAAGUUACUAUAUAAUAAUAAUAAGUUACUAUAUAAUAAUAAUUGGGUUUCCUGUUAAAUGCUUAUAGAUAUUAAAAUAUGUAGUAUGAUAAUCAAAUUUGUGAAAGAAGAAUGUUGUUUGUUGAAACUCUAUAGAAAUUAGCGGAGAGAAAUAGUUUUUUAGCCUUUUAUAAAUUAUUUUUAUUUUUAUGACCUUUUUAGAAGAGAUCUGAAAAAAACACAUAUUUUUUUACACAUAAGAGAUUCGAAAAAAACACAUAUUGUUCUGAAAAUGUCAUUUUAUUCUAUUCAAAUUAAAAGGGGACAAAGAUCUCGUUUCCUUAAAAUUAGCGAACCCAGCAGCAUGCUUAAUUGCUUAUACCCAUUUCCACCUUUUCCCCUCUUUUGGUUGCAAUCAUUUGUUUUCUCCUCUUCUUUAUUUCUUCAAAUAUUUCAAAACUGAAUUCUCAUUUACCAUAUAGUUAUAGUCUUUUUCGCGCAUGUCAUGUAACACUAUUAGUUUGUUAUCAAAAUUUAUACAUCCUUUACGAGUAAUUCUAAAUAAUUAUAUGUGUAUCAGUAUCCCAAAACUUAUAAUCAACCGAAGAAAAUGAUGAUUAUAUGCAACCAUGAGUCCACGACUCUAUGAAAGUGCACGUAACAAUACGUGAAACAAUAAUCUUUCAAUUUUUUCAACGAGAUCACUCCACACAGAGGCGAAGUUAGAAUUUUUGAUUUAAGGGUUCUGAAUCACAACUCAUUUUACUUACUGGGUUCGAAUAGAUUAUUUGUAUGUAUAUUCAAUAACUUUUAAUAGAAAUACAGGAUUUAAGCCAAAGUCGUUACUGCAUUAUGCCAAACCUGUCCACCCCAGACUUCGUAGCAACUUACUCUAAAUUUGUAUGACAUGUGUAAUAAAAUUCUCUGAGUCUGCUAGAGUUUUCACCAUAAUAAACCAUUGCAAAGAGACAAUUUGGUCAGGUGUUUUCCCAGGGGACAACUUCAACGGUGGUGGAUUUACUCUAAAACCAGGCCAAUCCAUGGUUUUCACUGCACCUGUUGGUUUUCAAGGCAGAAUUUGGGGUAGAACAGGUUGCAAUUUCGACAAAAACGGUAAGGGGUCAUGCCAAACGGGUGAUUGUGGUCCAUCUCUCAAAUGUUCGGGUACCGGAAAAACCCCUGCUUCACUUGCCGAAUUUACCCUUGCUUCACUCGAUUUUUACGAUGUUAGUCUUGUCGAUGGAUUUAACGUGCCAAUAUGCGUUACACCACUUAAUGGUAAAGGAAAUUGUAGUGUUGCUGGUUGUAAUGGUGAUUUAAGAGACAAUUGCCCCAAGGAACUUGCUGUUAAGAAAAAUGGAAAAGUUAUUGCAUGUAGGAGUGCUUGUGAUGUCUUUAACACAGAUGAGUAUUGUUGUAGGGGUAAUUAUGGAAAUCCAACGACUUGUCAACCUACGUUUUAUUCCAAGAAAUUCAAGGAAGUUUGUCCCACUGCUUAUAGUUAUGCAUAUGAUGAUCCAACUAGCAUUUUUACAUGCUCAGGGACCGACUAUGUUAUUGGCUUUUGCACCUCAACGAAAAAACAAGUAUGCUCAUACCAUGAUCACAAGCUGGUCUGCAGUGGAUCAAACAAUUUAAGAUCAUCGAUAAGCAAUUUGUGGAUGAUAAUUCUUGGAUUAACCCUCAUUGCCAAUUUGAAGAUCAUCUUAUAAUAUGUAUAAAGGGAAUUCUUUUGAUUUUUUUUCUGGGAAAGUUAUCUGGGUUUACACUUUUUUUUUUCCCCGUUAAAAACUGUUGUUGCAAAGUUUAUGCUAUUUCUUUGUUAUUAAUGUCACACCCCUUUUUUGCGCCCCCGCGCUAUAAACGCGCAGGUUUUUAUUAGUAAAGGGUUUUUCCAUUUGAAGUGACGGUUUUGAAAAGGGAUUAUUUAUUUACUCAGAGUCGCCACUUGGAAUUGAGUUUUGGUGUUCCAAGUCACCUUAUGAAUCCCUAAUCAAAAGGAAAUGACUCUUUAUUAUGGUCCGCGAAAACAGAAGAUCGGGUAAGGAAUUCUGUUGACCGGGGAGAAGGUGUUAGGCAUUCCCCGAGUCCCGUGGUUCUAGCACGGUCGCUUUAUCGACUUAUACUUAGCUUAAUCUAUUUUGGAUAAAUUAUGUUCCCAAGCCUUGAUUUGCUCGUACUUUUAUUUA